AUGAACAUGAUAAAGUUUAUCAAAAGCUUAGACUAAUUCGGAGUUUCCUUCUACCCCAAUAUUUAAUAUUCAACAUCAGAAUACAAAACUGUUUAAGGGGGAGUGAUGUCAGUUUUGCUUUACGGAUUGAGUUUUUCAUAUUUGGUGUACAUGUUGGUUCAAUGGCAAUAAGGAUAAAUUUUGCCAAAAGUUACUACCUUAUCCAAUUUUGUACAAGAUUACAAAUUGGAACUUAAUGAGAGUUUUAUGCAAAUAGAAAUGAGAAAAUAUUCAUACACAUCGAUUGACCCAUUCAAUCCAGAAGCUGUCAUUCUUUAACCUGUUAUUUAUUAUUUCGUUAAUGGCUAAUCUCCCGAUAGAGGAUAUCCCUAACAAUAUAAGAAAAAAACUAACAUGUUUAAUUUCCACAUCGUUGAACUUCAAAACCUUACUAUACAAACAAGUAGUGAACUCACAACUGAAAAUCCUCAAAUUGAAAUGAUGGUUGUUUUUGGCUAGUGCUUGGGUGUGUAUUUACAAGAAGGAUAGAAAUGUGCUGAUAAUGAAACUAUACAAAAUUUCUUCGAUUAAUAAACCAAUACAUUAAUUGUCAAAUAGUUCAAAAAAGAAUUUAAUACUAAUGCUGUUACUUUGGACAAUAUUGACAAAGAGUUGGUCAUCCCCUUAACAAAAGAUAGUACAUUCUAUGCUUAAGUAAAUACGAAGAUCUCAGACACAUAGGUAGAUUAAGGGUUUUUGUUUGAAAGUUUCGAUGAUUACGAAUACAUUACUGAUUAUUAAGUGACAGGCAACUCUAUGAAUAAAGAAUAUUUUGGAAAAAAGUUGGGUUACGAAACUUAUGCCGUUUUCUAUUAUAAAGUCGAUCAAAUUCAAACUAUUUCUUAAAUAACCUAUCCGAAAAUAAGUGAGAUAUUGGCAGAUUCAGGAUCUAUAGCAUCAACUCUCUUAUUAUUAUCUUACAUAGUAAUUCUAAUGAACCAAAGUUAUAUGCAAUUCGAAGCAAUUAAUCAUGUAAUAGCCAUGUAUUAUCCUGAAUUUAAGAAUGUUAAAAUAAUAAAAAAUAUCUUUGGCAAAAUCAUCAGAGUUGAAAGUAAUGGAAAACUAAUCAACUUAAAUUUAUUCUUUCCAUAUUACGAAAAAUUGAAGAGAAUUGGAGAAAUGAAACUCACAAUAUCGAAUUAAAUUUAUGAGCUUUCCAGGAUUCAAUUUAUACUCUAAACUUAGUAUUCAAAUAAGUUUAUUUCUAAAUUUCACUCAAUUGGUAUUCCAUUUCCAACUCUAACCAUGGAUUCGAUGGUAAACAAAGAAGAGAAUUAAUCCAAAUUAGAAAAUAGCAUUAUAAUACAGGAUUAAAACUAUAAGUCUAAUCAAAUAUUGCCUAAUGUUGAGAGUUAAGAUUAUUAGUUAAAAAAAGAAGCAGUAUCAAGAAAAGCAAGUACUGUUGCAAUGAAUAUUAUUAAGUAGGAGGACAAUCACAAUCACGUCAAAGAAGAUAGUUAGAAACCGUUUGAACUAAAUUUAAAAGAUGAAGAUUUCGAAAUAUUAACUAUGCAAGAUGAAUAUGCCCACUUAGAGGAGAAGGAAAUCAAUUCUAAAGACGUAGAAUAGAUCCAACCACUCUAAAAUGACCCUACUAAUACAGACCUGUUAAAAAAGCAUUAACAAGAAUGA